AUGACUCACUUCUUCGACCUGCCGCGCGAGUUGCGGGACCAAAUCUACGCUCAGUACGUCAUCAUUGACGGCGGCUAUAUCCUGGACUUCAACAGCAACACUCUCAAGGCCGCUAAUAACGAACGUAUCGAUCUCGCUUUCAUGCUUACUUGCAAAGCUAUCGCCAAAGAAUUAAAACCUAUACCGUUUCUGGUCAACACCCUGAACUUUUCCACGGUACAACCGGAAGAGCAUCGUGCCACUACUGGUCGCUUCGGUUGCUUGCUUGCAGCUGUACACAUGUUGCCAGGGGAAACACUGCACAGAAUCUUCCCCGAUACCUUGAGUGUUCCCGAUGAUGUCUGGGAGGAGAUCUCAAAAGUUGAUCCAAAGUUCGCGCCGUACGUAGAGGCGAUCAAGGGCAGGUCCGCCAAAGUUCCACAUCGGGUUCAUGGUCGGCGGAUGUACCGUAACGUCGGUCCGUCUGGCUCCUGCGGCGAGACACCAUCCGUUUUCCGCAAGUUCGCCCAUUCUGCCGUGCGAAUUAUUCUGGAUCACAAAGAUCGCUUGGAUCCUGAGCAAUAUGCCAAGUUCAACGGCUUUGAGGGGCUAGUCGACGUCCAUCUGGAUCCCUGGGAAAUCCCGACUCCCAAACGACUCGAGGAGCUCGUGUCUUAUCUACCAAAGGAACUGGCAGAAAGGCUCUCCAGGCGUUGGGGUAUGACAACCACACACUUUCUCAACCCAAGCCUGAUCAAGUGGCGUUACUCAGCUGCAGCUGCAGCCAUUCGGUUCCUCAAAUCUUUGUCAAAAGAAUCCCGGUCAGACAUCAGAAAUAUCAUACUCAGGGAAGAGCGGAUUUCCGUCGGAUUUACGGAAUGUCAUGGGCUUGGGUUAAUCCCUUUCUGCCAGGAGAACCCUCGGCUCCGCGUGGAACGACGGGUCAGCAUGUGGAGGAUGGUCUUGCCCACAACCAUGACCUUCCACAAUAUCCAGGGUAUAGCGAUGGAGAUCAGGACCGACGAAUAUUCCAUAACGAAACAGGCCUCCUAUCAGGUGGCUCUUUGGGUCAUGGAGGCAUUGGAAACGCAGCGGGCGGGAAUGCCACCGGGCUCGUUCACGCUUACCCUCGAAGGGGACUCUUCGUGCUCGGAGCUCUUCCGAGAAAUGGUCCAGUGGAACGCGGCUUGGCAAGAAGCAGUUGAUCUUUGCCUCGAGCGGAACAUUCUCCCCCCUUUACGGUGGGAUGUCAGGCGAAGAGAUGCGAGGGACUGGAGCUACGCCUUGAACCACUACCUAUACAUACCUCAGCCGGACGAUCCAGAUGGGGAACAUGACGUCUCGGACAAUUCGUGGUACGUGUGUGAGGGUUUCCCGCAGAUGAUCCAUGACAUCGUGGCGGGGACCUCCCUCGUCAAGUGCGACUUCAACGUGGAUGGUGAGUGGGACGUGGAGUGUCUAAUCGAGGAGUCCAAGGAGUGGACUAUGCACCAGUGGAAAAGGGGCUGGUAUGAAUAUCUCUCGAAGCAGCAUUUUCAUCCGGAUCCGCCUCUGCCCAACUGGUGGCAGCUCCUUGCCGAGGACACGACGGAGCCCGGGUUCCCGAGAGUGUUCCCGAGGCCGUGA